AUGAGUUUGAAGGGUUUCCAGAAGGCAGCUGUUCGGGCGCCCCAAACAUUCAAGCAGAGAUUCAACGUUGGCGAGCACACCAAGGACGCUGUCUACAUCGAUUCAGAGAGACGAUUUCAGGAGCUCGAGAAGGAGACGAAGAAAUUACAUGAUGAAUCCAAGAAAUACUUCGAUGCCAUCAAUGGCAUGCUAAAUCACCAGAUCGAGUUCUCCAAAGCUGUGCAGGAAAUCUACAAGCCAAUAUCAGGGCGAGUCUCCGAUCCGGAUUCGAUAAUACCGGAAGGGAAUCCUGAAGGUAUCCAAGCGUGUGAGGAGUAUGAAAACAUUGUUAGAGAAUUACAAGCAACGCUGGCGCCGGAGCUGGAAAUGAUACAAGCAAGGGUAAUAGGGCCUGCAGACGAACUUCUCAACGUCAUAAAAGUUGCGCAGAAGUCGCUUCAGAAAAGAGCACACAAGCAGCUUGAUUACGAUCGGCACCGAGCUACCCUAAAGAAGAUUCAAGAUAAGAAAGACAAAUCAUUGAAGGAUGAAAAGGCGCUAUACAAGGCCGAGAACGAUGCGGAGCAAGCUACCCAAGAAUUCAAUUACUUCAAUGACCUCCUCAAAGACGAGCUGCCUAAGCUGUUCCAGCUCGAACGCGAAUUCAUACGCCCGCUAUUCCAGUCGUUCUACUAUAUGCAACUUAACGUUUUCUACACGCUUCACGAGAAAAUGCAAAGCAUCGAUAUUGGCUACUUCAACCUUACCCUCGACAUCGAAGAAGCUUUUGAUGCGAAGCGGGGAGAUAUUCGAGAACAGACCGAAGGCCUUUCCAUUGUUAGAUUCAAGACAACAGGAGCGAAAAAAGCUGGACCCCCGAAGUACGGCCCUGGCAGUAAAAUGGCACUGGAGGGUCCAAGCAGCCGACUGGCAAUAGAAGGAAGGAAAUCAUCCGACGCCCCAACAAGAAGAUCCACCCACGACUUUGUGGAGAACCCACCUCCACCAUACAAUGCAUCUGGAUCCCCCAGCCUUAAUGGCGACAGCUCCAUGGCUCGCGCGAACAGCACCGGUAGUUCUUGGGGAGCAGCAGCCAAGGCCAAGGGAGCAGCCCCUCCUCCACCAAAGCCAAAGCCUUCACGAUUGGCUGGAGCACCCGCAGUCGCUGAUCGAGCUGAGGCCUUAUAUGACUACGAAGCACAAGCGGCAGGUGAUCUGAGUUUUGCGACUGGAGAUAUCAUAGAGAUCAUAGAGAAAGGGGCCACGGAGAAUGAAUGGUGGACGGGGCGUCUAGAUGGCCGACAAGGGCAAUUUCCAGCAACUCUCCACCCCUACAGCGGAAAGUCACAAGAACCCACUUUGACCUCCAUGGCCUCCUCGAAUACCACCGGCACAUACUCCUCAUCCUCCGCACUCUUACCCUCACCUUCCGCCAGUCAACCCUCCAGCCAACCCUCCCAAGACUUCCCUUCACAACCACAACAUCGACACCGAACCUCAACUUCGUUACCGCAAUCACAAGCACCAACUUCGCAAUCACAACUCCAAUCACAAUCACAAUCACAACAACAACCUCAACAACAACAACAACCAGGGCAAGCACAGCAGUAUGGGCAGGAUCCCAGUCAAGGCAAGAGCAAGGAUUUCUGUCUGAUAGCGGAGGCGGCGAAGAGAGCGCAGAUGGCUUGUUUGAUGAGAGAUAUGGGCGAGGUGGCGUUGUAA